UUGAUCAGUACAUACCGGUUGGUUGGUUAAUUACGUAAUGGGAACCGUUAUACCUGUAAAACCAGUAUUAGACAGAUUGCCCAUCCUGUCUAUUGUUGUGCAGAUGAUUGAAACAGUAUAAAAGACAUGAUCCAGUUAGUUUAUACUGAACGCCUGCACUGAAAUUCUCUCAUCUGCUCCUUCUACUUGGACGUUGGAGAUGGCCGUUGUCAGCUUUCUCAUUCUCAUGUGUGUUGCUUUGAGCAGCCCUACAGCAGGUCUCCGUCCAAACAGACCUUCACUCGAACCCUCUGAACUAGAUCCUCUUGACAUUCUACCUUGUUGGCCGGGCUGGACACAUUCUGAUGAUCGCUGCUAUAAGCUAUUCAAAACCCCCAAAACAUGGCCUAAGGCUAUGGCAGACUGUACGUUGAGGGGUAGUAAUCUAACCUCUGUCCGUAACAGCGAUGACCUCUUCGCGGUACAGUCUGUCAUGGGCUUGCUGGUCCGAAAAGGUGUUUGGAUUGGAGGCACUGAUGCUGUUAUUGAGGGACAGUGGUGGUGGAGUGAUGGUGAACCAUUUUCCUGGACGUUCUGGUCCCCAGGACAGCCUGACAAUCUUGGAGAGGAGGACUGCAUGAGUGUUGGCAUUGGAGGACUUGCCUAUGAUGAGAAGUGUAAUAAGAACCUGCCCUAUGUUUGUUCUAAACAAUUGCAGAUCUAAGCAUGUCCAUAAACACACAGACUGAGACCCAAUAUAACCUUUGAAAACACCUUACAGUAAUUCACUGUUGAGAUAUUCUGUGUGAUAUAUUGAAUAUUGAGUGUGAUUUUAUAGUUUAUUACAGUUUUAUUCACAGUAUAAAUGUUCUCAGCUCUGCCUACAUUUUACAAUAAAAAGUCU